AUGAGAUGUUUCCGAAAACGUUCAGCAAUACCGAUCCUUGGAUUUCUAAUAUUUUGCCUCCUUUUCAUGAACUUGUACAUCGAGGAUGAAUAUGUUGUGGACGAAGAUAAAAGACUUAAAGAAGGUUCAACUCAACAACAAUUCAAUUCAGAUCAAUAUGUCCAUACAAUAAGAGAUUUCUCAAAUUUUUCAUCAUCUAUAAAUGUGACAUAUCGCAUAUUAGCAGGGAUACCUGUUUCAAGAAAAAGGUUCCUUACAAUUGGACUAUCAUCUGUGAAAAGGAAAAAAGGAAAUUAUUUACUUGAAACUAUUAAGUCUGUAUUUGAACAGUCAAGUUACGAAGAACUGAAAGAAAUAGCUGUAGUUGUUCAUUUAGCAGAGUUUGACCUGAGCUGGUGUGAAAGCAUAGUGCAAGAUAUAUCAAGAAAAUUCUCUCAUCAUAUUAUUGCUGGUAGACUAGCAAUUAUCCACACUCCAGUACAAUUCUACCCGGUCUUAGAAGGUCUGAAAAGAAAUUACAAUGACCCUGAUGCCAGAGUCAAAUUUAGAUCCAAACAAAACGUUGACUAUGCCUAUCUAUUAAACUUUUGUGCUAACCUUUCUGAUUAUUAUCUUAUGCUGGAAGAUGAUGUCAGGUGCUCUAAGAAUUUUUUGACAGCAAUUAAAAAAGUUAUUAACUCGCGGAAAGGGUCAAACUGGGUCACCUUGGAGUUUUCAAAACUAGGAUACAUUGGCAAACUCUAUCACACUUAUGAUCUACCACGUCUAGCCCAUUUUUUACUCAUGUUUUACCAGGAAAUGCCUUGUGAUUGGCUGCUUAUUCAUUUUAGAAGCCUGUUAGCUCAGAAAGAAGCAAUUCGAUUUAAGCCCUCACUUUUUCAGCAUAUGGGAUAUUAUUCAUCUUAUAAAGGUGCUGAGAAUAAACUGAAGGAUGAUGACUUUGAGGAGGACUCAUUUGAUAUACCAGAUAACCCUCCUUCAGUCCUCAGCACAAAUAUGAAUGUCUUUGAAAACUACGAUGUCCAUAAAGCAUACAGCAGUACAGAAGAAUAUUUCUGGGCAAAGACUCCUUCCAGUGGUGACUUUUAUCACAUUGUGUUUGAGAAACCUAUCAAAAUAAGCAAAAAUAAAAGUCUGCACAGGAACAGAAGAUCGCCAAAAUGACAUCUUGCAUCAUGGAAUAGUAGAAGUUGGAGAAAGACUAGUUGGCAGUAAAAGGAAUAAAAAGUGUACUACUUAUCUUAGAUUAGGUGAUUUCAAAGAUGGGAACUUUGAAAUGGACAACAUAGAUCAUAAAGUUCUUUUCAACAUUGACUGCAUUAGAAUUCUAGUGACUAAAAACCAAAAUGAAUGGUUAAUUAUUAAAAGUAUAAGUGUUUGGACUAUUGACUCAAAUCAAUGA